AUGCACGCGCCAAGGACCACACCCCCAUCUGUGCGCCUCCUCUUCAUCAUCUGCAGCAGCACAGAACCUUCCUCCUCCUCUUCAUCAUCUGCAGCAGCACAGAACCUUCCUCCUCCUCUUCAUCGUCUGCAGCAGCACAGAACCUUCCUCCUCUUCAUCAUCUGCAGCAGCACAGAACCUUCCUCCUCUUCAUCAUCUGCAGCAGCACAGAACCUUCCUCCUCUUCAUCAUCUGCAGCAGCACAGAACCUUCCUCCUCUUCAUCAUCUGCAGCAGCACAGAACCUUCCUCCUCUUCAUCAUCUGAGCAGCACAGAACCUUCCUCCUCCUCUUCAUCAUCUGCAGCAGCACAGAACCUUCCUCCUCUUCAUCAUCUGCAGCAGCACAGAACCUUUCUCCUCCUCUUCAUCAUCUGCAGCAGCACAGAACCUUCCUCCUCUUCAUCAUCUGCAGCAGCACAGAACCUUUCUCCUCUUCAUCAUCUGCAGCAGCACAGAACCUUCCUCCUCUUCAUCAUCUGCAGCAGCACAGAACCUUUCUCCUCCUCUUCAUCAUCUGCAGCAGCACAGAACCUUCCUCCUCUUCAUCAUCUGCAGCAGCACAGAACCUUUCUCCUCCUCUUCAUCAUCUGCAGCAGCACAGAACCUUCCUCCUCUUCAUCAUCUGCAGCAGCACAGAACCUUCCUCCUCUUUAUCAUCUGCAGCAGCACAGAACCUUUCUCCUCCUCUUCAUCAUCUGCAGCAGCACAGAACCUUCCUCCUCUUCAUCAUCUGCAGCAGCACAGAACCUUUCUCCUCCUCUUCAUCAUCUGCAGCAGCACAGAACCUUCCUCCUCCUCUUCAUCGUCUUGUCUGGCGCAGGUAA